AUGACAGCAAAUAACGAAAUAGUCUUGGUGACCGGCAUCAAUGGCUACAUAGGAGCACAUGUCGCCCUGAGUCUGCUCCAGGCUGGAUACCAAGUUCGCGGUGCCGUUCGUUCUGCAGCCAAAGGCGAACGUCUCCGUCAGCAACCGCAUUUCAAGGGAUAUGCUGACCAGCUGACAUUUGUUGAGGUGACUGACAUAUCAAAGCCAGGGGCAUAUGACGAUGCAGUGAAAGGUGUUGCAGUGAUUGUCCACCUAGCAAGUCCCAUAUUUAUGGGAGGGGACUAUGAGUCUGUUGUUGCUCCGGCUAAAAAUGGGACUCUAAGUCUCUUGAACUCCAUACUAGACCAUUCAUCGCCCACCCAUUUCCGACAAUUGGUAUAUUUUUCCUCUAUUGCAGCUCUGGUACGUCGCGAUGUGGCGGGAAACCACAUGUUCACGGAAAAGGACUGGAAUCCAUCGACUGAGGAGGGCCUCCGGGACAUGGAGCCAGGCGAGCUGGGCAAGAUAUCCUAUUUUGCAUCCAAGGCCAUUGCUGAACGUGCGGUUUGGGAUUUUCUCGGCAAUCACCAGACCACCUGGACCACAUGCAUCCUAAACCCGGCCGUAGUAUACGGCCCAAUAAUCCACCCAGUACCCUCACCAGAAGAACUGAACAUGACCACAAAGCCUGUCUGGGAUUUGCUUACAGGAAAUGUCAAACAAGUCCCCGAAGCCCUUGCGGCAGGUGCUUACGUGGACGUGCGUGAUAUAGCCAGCAUUGUCACAUAUGCAGUUGAGCAUCCCAGCGAGGUAGCAGGUGGACGAUUCCCACUUGUAGCUGGUUCAGGCCCACCGCAGGCAAUUGCAGAUAUUCUACGUGACGUGCUCCCUGAAAGGCAUCACUUAAUCCCUGAAGGACAGAAGGGAAAAGGUUAUAAGCCAGGAACAUGGGGAUUUGGAUCGGAUACGGUUUCUUUUUCGUCGAAACUUAUUGAGAAUGUGACCAAGAUUGACUGGAUUCCAUUUGAUAGGAGCAUCAAGGAUACAGUCAAGUCUUUUCAAGAUGUGUUUGAUGUGUGA